UCGGCAGUCGCUGUUUGGGACGCUUGGUGCGCAGCUGCUCAGUCUUUACUGCCGGUUCGCUGUGACAGUCGGUCCCCCUCCCGGAGCCCGGGAGAGAUUGGGCGCGCGCCCAUGUGUAUGUGACCGGGACUCAGAGCAGAGGCGUUCCCUCGCUGCCUUUUUUUCUGCCAUUUAUCCUAAGAAGGGGACGGUUCGCACGGUUGCCCUCUUGUCGCCCCGUUGGGAGCGGGGUUGGUGUGCGGAGUGGUUUGUCUUUUCUUUUUUUUUUCUUUUAAACUUGUGAGCGCUUUCUUUUUUUCUUUUUUUUCUUUUUUAAGGCUCAGUGCAGUCUGGGCUGUUUUUCUCGGUCCUUCACUAACUGCUUUCUGCCCCUUCUCUCGCCACCCCCGCCCAAGGUCGCCCUUCCACCCUCGCCCCUGGCCUGGGAGGGUGGGAAGCUUUGUCCCGCUCCCUUCCCACUCGCGUCUCCGCAGCCGUAGCCGCACCUGCCUCAAUAUGAAUGGGGUCAACGACCCACCUCUUUUUAUAAAAGAUAUUAAGCCUGGACUGAAAAACUUAAAUGUCGUCUUUAUUGUCCUGGAGAUAGGACGCGUGACCAAAACCAAAGACGGCCAUGAAGUGAGAUCAUGCAAAGUAGCAGAUAAAACGGGCAGCAUCACUAUUUCCGUGUGGGAUGAAAUCGGAGGUCUUAUACAGCCAGGGGAUAUUAUUCGGUUGACCAGAGGGUAUGCAUCUAUGUGGAAAGGAUGUCUGACACUUUAUACUGGAAGGGGUGGAGAACUUCAAAAAAUUGGGGAAUUUUGUAUGGUUUAUUCAGAAUUGCCAAAUUUCAGUGAACCCAAUCCAGAUUAUCGAGGACAACAAAACAAAGGGGCACAUAGCGAACAGAAGAAUAAUUCCAUGAAUAGUAAUAUGAGUACAGGUACAUUUGGACUAGUGGGAAACGGGAUUCAGAGUGGCCCAGAAUCAAGGGGAUGCCAAUUUUCAUAUGGUGGUAGAAGCAAUGGCCGGGGGCCUAUAAAUCCACAGCUACCAGGAACAGCUAAUAAUCAUACAGUCAUGACCACAAUAAGUAAUGGCAGGGACCCUCGGAGAGCCUUUAAAAGAUGACCUAUGCCAAAUACUCACAUGUAGUAUUUAAACUACAUGUCCUACUUGAACACUUAUUGCACUUUUAUUUAUUGUUAACUGUGAAAACUAUGUUCUUUAUGGUUUCCAUUUAUGUUUUUGGUUUGUUAACAAGCGCGGUUUGUUUUUAUAGCAAAACUGUUAAGCUGCUCAAGGCUCAUUGAAGAAUGGGAACAUGCUGAAAAAGUGGGGACAUUUAUUUUUAGAGCUAAAAGGUAUUUGGAUAUCCUCUAAAAAAACCACCCAUUUCAUGGGUGAGUUACUUAAGACCAUCAGCAGCGUAGCCUCUAUGAGUCUAUCUUCUGCAUACAUUUUGUAAUAUUUAAAAUAAGGCUUUGUGGGAGAUGUUCUCUGUCUUAAAUUCAGAUAUUGCCAACUAAAACAAUAACUACCAAAAAAAUAAGACCUCGGUCAAUGCUAACAGAUUUGUGAGUGUGACUCCAGAAAUGAUUGACUUCUUUGAGUGACUGCCAUUAUGAUUUUCCAAGGAUGGAAUCAUCUUAAACCGUUGUUUUAUUACCAAAAAACAUAUUCUUUACUAGAAUUAUGGAAUAGAAAGUGAACUGUAGGAUAACAAGUGAUUUUUUGAAGAGAGCUGCAUUUAUUUUAGGGUAGUCCUACUAAUAUUUGUUAUCAACUUUGUGCAUUACACUGAAGGAAAAUUUAAAACUUGAGGCCUUGAAUAUUUAUUUUUUGAAACCAUGUCAAAUAUUAAAGUAUAAUUUAAGAGAGUUAUAAAGUCAUAAACAUCUAAUUAUUUUUAAAAAUUAUGUGAGAAACAUAGUAAAGGCAAUUCAAAUUGAAUUCAUGGAGAAAUAUGCAGUCUUAAGUUAUAGGGUCCUAGGUACUUGCAAAAACAGCCUGGAGUAAAUAUCCUAGGUACUUCAUUUGAAGGGUGUGUAUGUGUGUAUGUGUGUUGUCAAGUUUUCUGAACACAGUUCACAAAGCCUUAUCAGCAAAAGUUUAGUCAUAGCUUUCUCAAAGAAGCGAAUACAGCUUUAUUCAGAGAUGUAAAGGUAGAGUUUAUUUAUGUGUUGUAAAUGAUCACUAGUUCCACUUUUUAUUGUAGGGGAGAUAACUGGUGAAAUUUUCCUUUGUUAGAAUUCAACUCAUUUUCAGUAUUAUCUCUUGAAUAAAAACUUGCAUUAAUAUUAACAGA